GUCGCCGCCAAAUUAAAAUUGAGAAAUUCUCACUUCGUCUUCUUCAAUGGAGGAAGACGAUUCGAACUCGAUCUCUGCUGAAUCAAUCUCUCUCGACACUCUAGCUUCAAUUAGAUCACUCAUUAUCAACGCCGACACUUCCGACUCUAUAAUUUCCUCGGUGUUCGAUUUCCUUACUGGUCUUCUGAGUCGAGGAGACUCGCCGAUUCUUCACCACAUCCUCAAGCUACUCUCCGAUCUUGCCUUCCGGCGAAAGGAAUUAGCGCCACAGAUCUUCGACUCGGUCCUUUCCAACUUACUCCGCCUUCAAAACUCCGCCGCCGCCGUGGAAUCGCUUGCUGUGCUGGCGUCGUUAUCCGAGAGAUACCCUAGCAUCGCCGCCACCGCGAAUUCCAAAAUCGACGGCGAGGUAUUUGCGUCGAUUUGUCUCGGAGCACCUAUAUCGUCUCGGCUGUGGCUACUUAGGAACGCGGAGAGGUUCAAUGUCCCGUCGUCCGUACUUUUCACCUUGUUUUUAGGGUUUACCAAGGAUCCGUAUCCUUAUAUUCGAAAACUAGCUCUGGAUGGACUGAUUAGUGUAUGUAAGGCUGGUGAUUUGAAUCACGCUCAUGCCGUGGAAGGUUGCUAUACUCGUGCUGUUGAGCUUCUAGGCGAUGCUGAAGAUAGCGUCAGAUCUUCUGCAGUUCGUGCAGUCAGUGUGUGGGGCAAAGUGAUGAUUGCUUCCAAGGAAGAAGAGGUGGACAGAAGAGAAUGUACAGAUGCUGUGUUUCUCCAGCUUUGUUCUAUCGUGAGAGAUAUGAGCGUAGACGUGAGGGUUGAGGUCUUCAGGGGAUUUGGGAUUGUAGGAACUGCAUCAGAAAGCAUUAUAUUGCAAACAAUUUCUAAAAAAGUAUUGGGAGCCAGGAAAGGGAAGAAACCGCAGAAUCAUCUUUCGAAUGUAUCAGCUGAUGUCGCUGCUGCAGCUGGAAUUUUCAUCCAUGGUUUUGAAGAUGAAUUCUACGAGGUACGGGAAGCUGCGGUUGACUCCUUCCACUCCCUCUCAGUAAAUUCUAUCAAAUUCCCAGAUGAAGCUGUUUACCUAUUGAUGGAUAUGUUAUACGAUGAUUAUAUGGUUGUCAAGUUGAAAGCUUUAGAUGCAUUGCAUCAUAUAGCAGACUUGGGGGACCUGAAGAUACAGGAAACUUAUAUGCCCGCCUUUUUGGAAGCUAUUGUUGAUACUUCUGAGAACAUAAGAGUUGAGGCUAGAAACAUUCUUAAACUGGCAAAGCUGCCUGAUUUGAAGCUGGUCGACAAAUGUGUUAAUGGUGUCCUUAAAAGUUUAGAGAUGUAUCCACAGGACGAACCUAAUACCUUGUCUGCCCUGUUCCAUUUUGGACAAAACCACGCGAAGUUCUUAGCCAGUCUGGUUAAGAGAUUUAGUGAACAGUUAGGGACAGCUUCCGGAAAUAAAUCUGAAUUCAACAGCCGACACUUAUCUGCAUCUCUUAUGCUGAUAAUCUCAGCCCCUCUCUCAAACAAACAAAGCAUCACCUCCAUACCACCCCUGGCUUUUUCAUAUUCACUUGCAAUGCUGGGGAAAUUCUCUCGUGGACUUCAUGAGAUGAUGGACCAGGAUACGCUUUUGGCUUACUUGACUCAUUGCACUAUUCUUUCUGCUUCUUCGGGUACAGAAUUCAACAAAGGAGAUAUAUUUUUUCAUGCAUAUAGGCACGGUGAUGCAGAUUUUGCUGGAAACCCUGUCUUACUACCAAGCAAAGAUAUAUCUAAUGAGAGUAAUCAAGCACUCAAGUUUGUUAACUAUAUACUGUUGAAAAUAAAGGCUGCCUGGUUGUUAUCACAAUCAGGGUGCUCGAAAGAAGCACUCCGAGCGUUGAGGUUUUACAGCUUACAAUCUAUUAAAAUUCCAGCCUCUGAAUCAUUGUUUCAGGUGUACCCUAUCUAAUGUGUUUCUUGU